AUGCUCGCUCCUCCGCCUGCUGCUGCCGAUGGCGCCGCCUGCGCUGGCGGCGACACGUGGCAAGGCGCGGCGGGAGAGGCGGCGGGAAAUGCGGCGCAGCUGGCGGGGAUGGACGAGAGCAUGCAGGCGCUGCGGGAAGUGGUAGUGUGGCCGAUUAAGUACGCCAAGGAGGCCGCUGCGCUAGGCCUGAAGUGGCCCUCCGGUGUGCUGCUGUACGGUCCGCCAGGCACGGGCAAGACGCUUAUGGUGAGGGAGAUAGCUCGGGAGUGCAACACACGGCUCUUCACUGUCACGUCGUCAUCCAUCUUCGGAGCAUAUGCAGGGGAGAGCGAGAGGCGGCUGCGAGAUGUCUUUGAUGCGGCCAGGGGGGGAAAGGAUGGGGAGGGAGGAAUUGAGGGAGGGCCAGAUGAGCGGCCAUCUAUUGUGUUCAUCGACGAGAUUGAUGUGCUGUGCCCCAAGAGAGACUCCAGGCGGCAGAACGAGACAAGAAUAGUGUCUCAGCUUCUCACUCUCAUGGACGGCAUAUCCACUUCCUCACUCCCCUCCUCCUCCUCCGGUUCCACCACUUCCCACCCAUCUCGACCACUUGUUGUCAUCGCUGCCACCAACCGCCCCAACGCACUAGAUGCCGCGCUGCGCCGGCCGGGGAGAUUCGACCGCGAGAUUGCAAUUAAUGUGCCGGGCACGAGGGAGAGAGAGGCGAUUCUUAAGCGAUCUCACAGCCAACCUGCUUCUUCUCACUUGACUUCUCGGUCUCCCCCCUCCCUCCCCUCCUUCCUCUCCUUCUCCCUCCCCUCCUCCCUCCCCUCAUCCCUCCCCUUCUCCCUCCCCUCCUCCCCCCCCUCCUCCCUCCCCUCCUCCCUCCCUGCUUUCCCCCAGCUGCACGCACGCUCCCUGCCCCUGCAUGCUGACGUGGACAUGUGCCAGUUGGCGGCACGCUGCAAGGGCUACGUGGGUGCUGACCUGGCAGCGGUAUGCCGCGAGGCGGCUCUUGCUGCUGUCAUGGAGAUGGCUGCUGGGGAGGACGAGAGGGGAGGGGAGGCGUUUUCUGGGGGAGUGGGGAUAGUGGCUGAGGGCGGGGAGGGGGUUUGUGGGGAAAGGGAAGGUGCUCUUGCUGCUGUCAUGAUGGAGAUGGCUGCUGGGAAGGUUCAGGCGGUUUCUGGGGAAGAGGAGUCUGGUGAAAAAGAGGCGAUGGGAGAGAAUCGAACAGAGGUGUGGGAGAGAGAGAGGGGGGAGAGAAGGGAGGGUGGAGCACGCAGCAAGUUAAAGACCUCACAGGCCAGUCAGCAGGGACUGGUGUGCAUGAAGCACUUUGAGGCGGCUCUCUCUCGUGUGGGCCCCUCUGUGACUCGAGGCGUGGCGGCUGAGCUGCCUGCCGUCACGUGGAACGACAUUGGAGGGCUGGAGGGUGUCAAGAAACGACUACAGAUGGCGGUCGAGUGGCCGCUGCAGCAUCCUGAAGCCUUCCAGCGCCUCGCUCUCACCCCUCCCAGGGGUGUGCUGCUGCACGGCCCCCCUGGGGGCGGGAAGACCCUACUCGCUCUUGCUGCUGCCCAUGCUUCCAAGGCAACUCUCUUCUCUCUCAGUGGUGCGGAUCUGUUCUCCAUGUAUGUGGGCGAGGGGGAGGCAAUGCUGAAAGACACGUUCCGAUUGGCUCGCAUGGCGGCUCCCAGCGUCGUGUUUGUGGACGAGGUGGAUGUGGUGGGGGGACGCAGGUCCGAUGCAGAAAGCUCAGGCAGUGGAGGGGGAGGGGGAGGGGGAGGGGGAGGGAGAGGCGGGGGCAGCGUGGGGGAGAGGCUGCUGGCGGCGCUGCUGACUGAAAUGGACGGUCUUCAGUCACUCACUGCUCCCAUCACACAUUCAAGCACUACGAGCCGCACUAGCAGCGGCACAGAAAGUAGCAGCAUGAGCAGCACAGGGAGCACAAGCCAAGGGAAGUCAAAUGACGCAUCCGCUCCCUCCUCGUCCUCCUCCUCCUCCUCCUCCUCGUCCUCAGUGCUGGUGAUAGCAGCAACCAACCGCUUCCAAGCCCUGGAUCCUGCAAUCAUUCGCCCAGGGAGGUUCGACUCGAUAAUUUACGUGCCACCAUUGGACGAACCAGGCAGGCUGCACGCACUGCAGAUCUGCACAGCCGCCAUGCGCCUCGCCGCUGACAUCAGCCUGCCAGCUGUCGCCACCCGCACGGCGCUGUUCACCGGCGCUGACGUGGCAGCGCUGUGCAGGGAGGCCGCCUUGGCAGCGCUGAGAGGGAAGGAGCAUUUUGAUGCUGCACUGAUGGUGGUCCGGCCGUCCUUGACUGAACUGGAGGUUCGAGCAUACGAGCGAGACACAUAA